AUGCGACUGGUGUUCCCAUCAAAACAUCCCAUAAAAAGUCCCGUCAAUCCACAGGAGCGAGAAAUCCACCCAAACCCAAACACCGCGCAACCAUACCAACCAUAUGCGCCCAGUUUCACUCAAGACCUGCAUUUCGCCGGGCGCCAUCUGGGGAACAUCUGCACCUUCGAUGGAGUGCCGUUUUUUUCUGCCAGCGGGCGCGAAUGGAUUGCUGCCUGCACGGGGGACGACUUCAGUUUCCGUCAGCCAUCGUCUGAAUCAACCCUGGUGCAGCAACCACCGACCCCGGUGGCAAACGCAGCCGAGCUCCCUCUACCCGACCUGGGAUUUCUCUUCAACGAGCUCAGACACUAUCAAGCAUCCACCUUUGCACUGUUCUUCCCGGUCAUCGACGCAUACCUCUUCGAGAGCACGAUCAAGGCGGCGUACAGCCGGGAACACUCGGCCGCGUCCCCCGGGAUGAACAGCGCACGCGCGUGCAUCUUCGCCUUCCUUGCGUUAACCUCUCUGACGGUGCAUGGUCCGAAAGGAUAUCCACUCCGAUACAGUGAUCAAUACUUCGAAGCUGCGCAACGGCUUUUGCCGGCUGUCUUUGGUGAACCUGUGUCCGUGGACGGGCUGCAGACUGUCUUAUUACUGUGUCUGUGUUGCCAAGGUCUAGCAGGGAACCUUUAUCUAGUCGACCACUUCCUCUCAACCGCCGCGCGAUUCAUCUACUACCUCAAAGGCAACGUAUCCCCGCACAGCACCACCGACCGCCCAUCACCCAUCGACCACCACAUCCGGGAACUCUUCUGGAUCAUCUACGUCUGCGACAAGGGCCUGACGAUGGUGACUGGCCUUCCCCCACGCCUCGAAGACAGCCACUGCGACCUGACGCUCUCACCCGACACCCAACCACCACAAAUCCGCGGCGACCCCUCUCCUGGAACCUACCUGCACACCUACGCCCGCCUCGCAACCCUCCAAUCCCGCAUCUACUGCGAUCUUUACUCCCCGUCAGCCCUCCGCCAAUCCGACGCAGACCUGCUGCGCACGAUCCGCGACCUCGACCACGACCUGGAAGCAUGGAAGACCACCCUCCCUCCCGUAAACCAGCCCUCAUUUGCAGCGGGCCGACGCACCCCGCAGCACCGCGAUAUGCGGUUCUCGAUCUUCCAUGUGCAGUACCAUCACUGCAUGGUCCUGAUCCACCAGACGAGCAGUCGGUGUGCCGCCUGGGUCCGGAACCAGGAUACACGAGGGACAAGCUCGAGCCUGGCGAUUUCCGUUGCGGCCAGUCGGGCGCUGUUGGAGGAGUUCCUCGAGUCGAGGUUGGAGUUGGGGCCGGAGAAUCUUCUGUUCUCGUUGUCGUAUUUUAUCCAAGCCGUGAUCGUGCUUUUCUGCCAUGUGCUCUCGCAGCCGCUGGAAGGCGAUACUCAGGAGGUCCUGCGGCUGAUGGGGCGGAUCGCGGAGCUGAUUCAGAGGUCGGCCUACCAGCAGCACCAUAGGUGCUAUACCAUGCGAAUCGAGACGGCGAGGGGCAUUAUCAUGGAGUUGAGACGGCUGGCGGAGUGUGCCAUUGUUAAGGCGAGGGGGGAUGCGAGUACCAUGUAGCCAGGCGAUUGAGUUGAGCGAGAGCUUUUUCUAUUCAUGUGCAUGCGAAACAUGUUCCUGGUGUUCCGUAUAUGUAUGCAUUAGCUAUUAUUGUGAUAAAGAACAUCUCUAUCAUGAUGUACAGGAGCCGC